AUGACCCCACCGGUUUUCUUCUUCUCCCAUGGCUCGACCAUGAUGCUUGGCGAAGAGUCCAGAUCCGCCACCUACUGGAAAGCCUGCGGCGACGAGGCCCUGUCCCACGGCUUCAAGGGCGUCAUCAUGAUGGGCGCCCACUGGGACGCCGUCGGCGUCAACCGCAUUGAUGUGUGCAUGAACCCCAAGCCCGAAAAGUCGCCCGUCGCCUACGUGCACCCCCGCAAAUACCAACACUACGAACUCAACCCCGACCUCGAGACGGGCAAGAAAUGCAUUGCCACGCUGCGCGAAAACGGCAUCGACGCACGCCCAAACGAAACGUUUGACUGGAUCCACGACACAUACCUGAUUCUCAUCCGCAUGUUUCCCGAAAAGUGCCCCCCGACCACCAUCAUCAGCAUGAACUCGAGAUUCGACCCGCAUCUGCACGCCCGCGUCGGCAGCAUCCUGUCCAAGUUCCGCGAUGAAGGAUACCUGAUCAUCGGUACCGGCGGCGCAGUCCACAACCUCUACCGCAACCACUGGGGCCAGAUGAUCAAGUACUCGGACAACUUUGGCCAGCCGUACCCGCCCGAAGCGCCCAUGCUCGAGUUCCGCCAGUGCGUCGAAGACGUCUUUAUCAGGUCCUGCAGGAAGGAUGCGAAGAAGGGAAGUCUGACGAGGGGCAUUACGCGAUUGAUGAAGCAUCCCAUGUUCAGGGAUGCGCAUGCCACCGACGACCAUUACAUGGCUGCAUGCUUUACCGCGGGUGUUGUGGAUGGAAGCAGGAAGCCGACAGACGAGUGUGUGCUUGGUGCCGAGGACUGGGAGCUGGUCAACAUGUGCAACAGCCAGUUUACAAUUGGCAAGUGGACGUAG